GUUACCGGCCGGCGUCACGUGUUACACUGGCUACGAGAGUGACUGCGUAUAGAAAAGUAAUUUCUUGUAAAUAUUGGAUCUCACUAUAGGCGAUUCUUCCACUCUUGAAUAGUUUCUAAUAUUUUUAUGUAUGUAACGUAACAUAAGCACAAAUUACUAUGCACAGAUAUUGUAGUAAUUACAAUGGUGUAGGAAAUAAAUCGUUAACCUAAAAUAUAAAGCUUUCAAAUAACUGCUAUCGAUACAAUGGCUGAAAAAACUCCUAUCACCAUUUUGAAUGAAAUGAUGUCAAAAAUCAAAAGCAAUGUUGUUUAUGAGUAUUGUUCAAAUAAUUUAGAUUCUAAUACAUAUGUAUUUACGUGCAAAGUCACUUGUGAUGGAGUUACUGCUUUAGGCUCGGGACAAUCAAAAAAAGAGGCUAAACAAAAUGCUGCACUAUCAAUGCUUAAAAUUAUUAAUAACCGAAUAGUUAUGCCAUCGACAAAUAAAUCAUCACCACGAUUGACAAAUGUUAUUGUGAAUGAUACUAAUGCAUUACAAGAAUUAAAAAAACUAUGUAACAAGUAUGAAUUUGAAGAACCUGUUUUUAAUGAACUAGAUACCACAGGUCCUCCACAUGCUCUCAUUUUUAGGAUUCAGUGCAUAGUAUCUACAUUGGUUGAAAAUGGAAACGCCACGACAAAGAAACAAGCUAAGAUGAAUGCUGCAACUAAAAUGAUUAAAACAAUAGAAAACACAUUCUCUUUAAAUAAUGUACUGCAUAAAGAACAAACAAAGACAUUAGAUAAAAGUAGAGAUGAUAGUAAUGGUAUUUUUAAAUCCAUACAUAAGAAAUCAACAGAUCAGCCUGGAAAGUUACAAAUAAAUUAUAGUUUCAAAGCUGAGAAGGAGAAAAUAGAGGUACAAAGCUCUGAAGAUUUAGCUUUAGUUCUAUUGCCAAAUCUAGAAUAUUUACAAAAUUUGUUGAAAGAGUUUCAAAAGAAUAUUAAUGAAAAAAAUCUUAAAAUAUUAAAACAAAAGUUUGAAGCUAUGUUGGAAUCAGUAAACAUUGACUUUCAUCACAUGUUAUUGCAAACGCCAAGUCCUGCAACUUAUAUGUUGAUAAUACAAUUGAAUACAGUUCCAGACAUUCUGGAAAUGAGCCUAGGUGCAACUAGAGAAGAAGCUGAACUGCGCACCAUCAAUAAAAUCAUUGAAACUCUUAUGGAAUUAUUGAAGUAGCAAGAUAAAGACACAACAGUUAUGAUUUAGUAUUUAUUUUUUGUUACCUAUUAAUAUAAUGAAUAUUUAUAAAUGUAAUUUAUGAAUUUACCAUUGAUUCAGUUAUUCUUUAAAAAAGAUAUAAUCUAAUGUUUGGAGUUGUCAGAAAAAUAGUAAUUCUUUUAAUUAAAAUAUUUUCAGAAAUGUUUACUUUGGCUAAGGUUCAUUUGCAAAAAAUGUACUUGCGUUUUUAAAAUCCAAAUUGCCGAAUUUUUUAAUUAAUUAAAAUGUUUAUAUCUAUCAUUAGGUACUGCAUUAUUUAACUGUCUUAUUUGUAUUAGGUAAGAAACCAAUGUUACCGAAAGGAUUUUUCAAGAGCUUGAUGUUAUUUUAUAAUAAAUGAAAUGAGCAU